AGGACCCCUCCCCACCCCGCCGCUUUCCUCCGGACAGAGACUCUAAUGGCGGAGCACGACAGCUACGACGAGCGGGACCGGGCCUACGGCAGCUUCGGCGGAGGCAGAGGACCGCGUGGUGGUGGCGGGCCUGGCGGGCCCCGGAAGCAGAAGGAGCUGCCGACAGAGCCACCGUACACAGCUUAUGUGGGCAACCUGCCCUUCAUCACCGUCCAAGGAGACAUUGACGCUAUCUUCAAGGAUCUCAGUGUCCGCAGUGUUCGCCUCGUCAGAGACAAAGAAACAGACAAGUUCAAAGGUUUUUGUUAUGUAGAGUUUGAUGACUUGGAAUCCCUAAAGGAAGCUUUGACUUACGACGGUGCUUUGCUGGGGGACCGGUCACUGAGGGUGGACAUCGCCGAGGGGCGGAGACAAGAAAGAGGCGGUGGUGGUUUCGGCUUCAGGAAAGAUGACAGAGGCCGAGGCGGUUCUUCUCAUGGAGCUCCAAGAGGAGGGAGGGACUCCAGGGACGACUUCUACGACAACUCAGGAGAAGCAGGCUUUAGAGAUGAUGACUAUAUGGGAGGGCGGGGUCGAGGAGGUGGUCGUCCUGGUGACAGGAGGGGAGCAGCAGGAGGAGGAGGAGCAGGAGGAGGAGUUGGAGGAGUUGGAGGAGGGAUGGGUCGCUAUAGAGAAGGACCAAACCGUGGAGGACAGACUGACUUCAGAGAACCAUCUGAUGAGGAGCGGGCGCAGAGGCCACGGCUGCAGCUGAAGCCUCGCACGGUGGCUGGCCCGCUCAACCAGGUGGCCAACCCCAACUCGGCCAUCUUUGGUGGGGCUAAACCACGGGAGGAGGCAACCUGACUUCUUGUAACAUCGGGGUGAAGAGGAAGUGGUUUGAGUCAUUUUGAUUGGCUCUUGAGUCUGUUCCUGUUCCCCCAACCCCACUCCCCCAAGUCUCUUCCCACCCAAGCAUUCAUUCAUUCACUAAAUCUGAAUCAAACAAACCCACCACCCCACAACCAGGACGAGUCCCCACCGAGGCCCUGGGCUGAGACGUGCUGUAGUCCGCUUGCCAUUAGAUCAAGCCUAGAUUGCUUUUUGAGAAUUUUUUGUGUUUGCAAGAACCAUUUUUAUUUGACAUUUUACUGGCUCUGAACUAGAGAAGGUGAAACCUUUUCUUACUGUACUAUAAAAGACCAGCUGUUUUUAUUCUUUUUGGUUCAUUUUUUCCUACACUGUUUAUGGCAAUAAAAAUGUAUCAUCAUCUUCCA